AUGCAUGGCCUCAACUCUCUUAAGGAGAUCAUUGGUCACUGGAUAACCGGGCUAGACAUCACACGCUUAGGAUCCCUCGCCGCGUGCGUCGGCGCUGCCCCCGCAGCGUGGCGACUUUUAAAGACAGCUUGGCGCGAAGUGUAUGGCUGGGUCAGUCACUUCUUCAUUUCCUACGUGAUAAUACCUGGACGGGACCCGCUGAAUAGGCAUGUGACGAAUUGGGUCUUAACCAAUAUCGUACAAUUUCGAACCAUACGGUCUUUUACGGCCCGCACUCAAAUUCAACCCGGUGCUAUCGCGGACCGAGCCGCCUUGCUAAAGAAGACUCGUCGUGAUAUACAGUAUCUACCUCACUUUGAGACAGUGUGGUUCUGGUAUGAGAGUAAUCUGUUUGUGGUUAGGCGAUCGCUCGAUAGCUUCAACGCAUCUAUGGUCGACUCUACUUACGAUGGCAUCGGAGGAGAAGAGCUGACCAUAGGCUGUCUUGGAUGGUCAACCGAGCCUAUCAAGAAGCUCAUUCAGAAUUGCCAGGAAUAUGCAGAUAGACAGGCUCAAUACUAUGUCAUUAUCUAUGCACGAGAUCGUUACGGCAUGUCCUGGCAACCAAAGUCUCGCAAGCCUAUCCGUCGUCUUGAGACAGUUCAUUUUGACGAUGCCUUGAAACAGGAACUCCUUACAGAUAUCAGAAAAUACCUCGAUCCCAACACCAAGAAAUUGUACCAGAGUCGUAGCAUGCCUUAUCGUAGAGGUUAUUUGUUCUAUGGACCACCAGGUACGGGAAAGUCAUCACUGUCGACUGCUCUGGCAGGUGAAUUUGGCCUCGACUUAUACGAAGUUAAGAUUCCAAGCGUAGCGACUGACCAAGAUCUUGAGCAAAUGUUCAACGAGGUUCCACCGCAGUGUAUUGUACUCCUAGAGGAUGUUGACGCCAUCUGGGUGAAGCGCGAGUUGGCCAAUCGCGAGCCGCAUAACGAGGCUGUAUCAAACUGUACUCUUUCCGGUUUGCUCAAUGUUUUAGAUGGUGUCGGGUCCCCAGAAGGGCGUAUCGUAAUCAUGACGACAAACAAGCCGAAUCGGUUAGACAGCGCUCUGGUGCGGCCUGGUCGUGUCGAUAUGAAAGUCAUGCUUGGUAACAUCAGUAAAGGUUCAGCUGAGCAAAUGUUUCUCCGCAUGUUCAUGUCAGACGUUGAUAAGUUACCGCCAUUGCUCUCACAAAAAGAUAACGAUAAAUUGGUGGAUGAUCACAUUCCUCAAGUAGACCAUGGACUAUUACGGAGGCUCGCUUCGGAAUUCGCGACGCAUAUCCCAGAAGACGCAUUUACCCCUUCUCAACUACAAGGCUUUUUCCAACUACACUUAGACAACCCUAUGGAGGCUGCUUCAAAUAUCUCGGCGUGGGUUGAGAGAGAGCUGUCUGCAGGGUCAUCGGACGAUGAUAUUGAAAUUGUAGGCAAUGGGAAGACCUAA